AUGAGCAACAUCGUGGUAUUUGGUGGAAAUUCACAUCCGUCUUUGGUGAACCAGAUUUGUGAUAACCUCGGUAUCAAACCUUCAGAGGUUAAAUUAGGCAAGUUCUCUAAUGGUGAGACCAGUAUAAGUAUCGGAGAAUCGGUACGUGAGAAAGAUGUUUACGUUAUUCAAAGUGGAUGUGGACAUGUUAACGACAAUUUUUUGGAACUUUUAAUUCUGUUGAAUGCCUGUAAAACUGCGUCUGCUAGCCGUGUGACCGCUGUGAUGCCUUAUUUUUGUUAUUCCAGACAACCAGAUAUCCCGUAUACUGCCAAAGGAGCACCACUUAUUUCCAAGCCCAAAGAGGUUUACACAUUCGAGAGUCAUCCUGGAACUCCUCUGCCUUCUGUGUUGACGACCCAGAAACCCCUUUCUCACAACGUGCCGGAGAAUAUUACGGAGUGUAUCAUCGAAAGUGCAGAGGAACUUCCCGACGGUUUAAAACAACCUCUUCCAAAAAGGUUGAACAUGGAUACAAAUUUGCACAAAUCACCUUCACAAUCUCGUAUCCCUGUUGUGCCAGAACGCGAAGAAAACUCAUCGGAUCUGGGGUCUUUGUUCAACGCCAGUAACGCUGGCUACAAGUUGUGGGUUGCCCAGGCGGGGACUUUGGUCGCCAAUUUGCUUACAACGGCUGGAGCAGACCACGUCAUUACCAUGGACUUGCACGAUGCUCAGUUUCAAGGGUUUUUCGAUAUACCAGUUGACAAUCUGUAUUGUAAGCCUAUUGCGCAAAAUUACAUCCAAUACAAUAUUCCAGACUACAAAGAAGCCGUGCUUGUCUCACCAGACGCGGGUGGUGCUAAAAGAGCCGCUUCAAUUGCAGACGCUCUGGAAUUGUCCUUUGCACUAAUCCACAAGGAGAGACGGUCACAACUACCAAAGGGACCUCCUAAUGCUACAUUCACCUCGGGAGGGGGUCUUCCUAUCUCUUCCCAUCCAUUGCUUGGAUCUUCCUUAGGUCGGUCUGCUUCCCACGAAAUGUCCCACAGUUCAUCCAAAUAUGUUCAAACAACCAUGCUAGUGGGAGAUGUUCGCAACAAGGUUUGUAUCAUUGUUGAUGAUCUUGUGGAUACCUCUUACACUAUCACCAGGGCUGCGAAGCUGCUGAAGGAUCAGGGUGCUUCGAAGGUUUACGCUCUUAUUACCCACGGUGUGUUUUCUGGAGAUGCUUUGAACAGGGUCUCUCAAAGUGCAAUCGAUAAAAUUAUUGUUACAAACACGGUUCCUCAAGAAAAAACGAUUGAAGUUCUUGGUAAGGACAGAGUUCAAGUUCUUAAUGUGUCCAGGGUAUUUGGAGAAUCUAUAAGAAGAAUACACAAUGGUGAAUCAAUAAGCAUGCUUUUCGAGCAUGGCUGGUAA